AUGGCUUCACCCAAUAAGCCCACUGUCCUCAUUACCGGAGCCUCCCAAGGCGGAUCCGGCAACGCCCUGGCCCUCGAGUUCGCAAAGAAGGGCUACCGAGUCUUUGCGACAGCCCGUUCCCUGAGGACUCUUACUAAUCUGACCGAGAGCGGCAUCGAGACCUUGACCGUCGAUGUAACGGAUUUCGAGAGUCUUGUUAGUUUGAGAGACGAGAUCGCGGGCCGGACUGGCGGCAAGCUUGACAUCCUCUUCAAUAACGCCGGUACCCUAUACGAGGCACCGGCUAUUGAGCAAGACCCUGUUCGCGUCAAAAAAAUGUUCGAUACUAACGUCUUUGGCCUCUUCGACUCGGUUUCCGUCUUUACACCCCUACUUCUCAAGGCCGCAGCUAGCUCAAGCCGUGCGCCGACUAUCGUUAACGUAGCGUCUAUUCUCGCCCGUAUCCCUAUGCCAUUUACAGCUAGUUAUAAUGCUACAAAAGCCGCCGUAGCUAGCUAUUCAGAUACGCUGAGGUUAGAGCUCGAGCCGCUCGGUAUUCGCGUCGUGACGCUCUAUAUGGGCGAGGUGUCGACUGGUCUCAUGUCGACCGAAAACGUUAACUAUGGCCCCGAGAGUAUCUAUGCCGACCUGGAGCCCAAGGCCAAGGAGCGCACCGCAAAUCAUACCAAAACCUCCGUCACCCCGCAAGAGUUCGCUACUGGCGUCGUCUCUCAGAUCGUCGGCAGUAACUCAAACUACAUCUGGAAGGGUACUAACGCCUUUCUAUGCUGGCUCCUCAACGCCUUCGCACCCCACAAAUCAUUUGAUAGUUCUUUGAAGGGUAGUGUCGGCCUCAGCGACAAGGAACUCGUGAGCAAAGUUCUCAAACGAGGCCAGAAGCUAAUCUCAAAAGAGUGA